CCAGCCGCGGGGAGCCCGUCAUUUUCUUCGCGUCGGCAGACCAGCAAUCCUCGCCUCAAGGCGAAUUCGAUGAGGAGGAGCAGCGGAUUGUGCAAGCCAAGGCCCAGGAAAUUUUUCGGCGGAAGGGAGGAGAUACCGCCGUGAAUGCAGAAAAACUGGCAGCCACCUCCGGCAAAAUUCACUUGAAGGAUUUCUUUUCCCCGGCGGACGAGAAGGAACUGCAAGAAGCGCUCGAUGAGCACCGUCGCAGAACACAGCGCAAAGGCUCCAUCGGCGGGUUUUCAGGCGAGAGCACAGCAAUGGGGCCAGAAAGAACCGUGCCUGAUUCUCAGAUGUGGCGGUUCCUUAUCGUGCUGCGCCGCAGCUGUGCACAGUUUUUAUCACCCUUCGGACUCGACUGGAUUGCGU